CAUUUAUUAACCUCCACAGCCGUGGAUGGCUUCAGCAGCUAUGGCGAUGAGUUCGGUGUCCGUCGUCUGCUCAAGUUUAUUGCUCAAGACCUUCAAGAAAGCGACAGCAGAGGAACUGACCACCCCCGAAUACCUGCAAUCAAUCCACCUGGAGGACCUGGACUCGGUGUCCGUGCACCGAGGGUUAGAUGAUAGAUUGGAUCCAGCCGGCAGGGCAGCUUCGCCUCUUGCCAAAUUAUUCCAUCGAAGCAAAUCGAAUGAGGGCUGCCUUCUACAAGAAGACGAUGACCUGAUGACUGUCUCUUUCAUACCAAAGCGGCCGACGCGAGAGCAACCGAGCUUGAACGGGUAGACGUAAUUUUAAACCGUAUUAUUAUAGGCAAUUGGGUUGAAUUUAGCCUGAAGGUUUUCACGGGAAAUGCUAGACUUUGCUGAAUGUAUAAUCAAUCUUAAAUCCAUCGAAUAAAGUGCUAUUUUGUUGCAGCAUUGUGAUUCACUCUUGUUUGGGAUAUUUGACAACUUUUAUUUCAAAUAUGACGUAUAAAUGUUUCUUCUCUGUCAUAAAAACUUAAAUUUUAAUUGUAAUAUUUAUUUUUAAAUGUAACUACAUAGUUGAAGACUUUUAUAGGCUUAAUAUUUUUAAUAAAAUAAUUAUGUCUUCUUCAUUAUUUCAAAUUAUCGCUCAAACUAAAAUUUAGUACUAUCAUCACAAAUUAAUUUAGAAAAGUACUUCUUUAAGGCUACAAUAAAAAUUGGCUAACAAAUUGGUAUAUUUGCAAUUGAUGGAAGAUUUAAUGUACAGGUUGUCCCAAAAUUAUAGAUGUCCUACACUGAACUGUCCCUGCUAUGACAUUGACAGGAGUGCGCUAUUGUCAAUACUGGGUUGUUUAUAGAUUUUGAUUUUUGUUACUUGACGUUUCAAAAUUGUUGAACUAUAGCGGGCAGCGCAGGACCCUGCAUUGUGGAAAACCUUGGAGAAGGCCUUUGUCCAGCAGUGGACGUCAUUUGGCUGAAACGAACGAUAGCACGUCCAAUGUCAGUGUGACAUGCUAAUUUUGGGACAUCCUGUAGAAAAAAAAUGACGUCAUAAGUUGGUAAUUAUAAAAUCCUACUACCUGCAAGGUAUAUCUAUAAAUCCUACUACAAGACGACGAAUUUCUCCAAUGGAUUUUGAAUUGUAUGUCUUUACUGUAAGGUUGAAAUUCAAGUGAGAAGAUGUGAUUGUAUUUUAUGACAGCUGUAGUGAGUCAGUUGUACUGCAAAAGUCGAUCUUAUUUCGUGUGCAGUAAGGGUUAUAUUACAGUCUACUACAUGGGGUUUUGGUGUGCCUGACUUGUAUGCUUUAUUUGUGGUCCCUUUCCCUCUUGUGUUAUUUCUAAUACGAUAGAAGAGGCUAGGAAAUUGUAUGUCGACUGAUGGUCUUACUUAUUUAUGACUUGGUGUAAGAAAAAUGGCGGGAAUAGAUGAAUAAAUUGUACGAUAGCACUCAAACUUAACUUUAACACCUUAUGUAUUGGUCUAAAGCAGUAUUUCCCAAAGUGGGCGAUAACGCCCCCUUGUGGGCGCUGCAGGCUUAAAGGGGGGCGGUAAGAGACCCAGAAAAAAAAUCGGGACGUUGUGUAGAGGCUUGGGAGGCGUCAUCUACUAGGAGGACUCUUAGACACCAACUGAGCUCGACUCUUGACUACAAAAAUGGGGGCGCUAAAAAAUAAUUUAUUCUCAAAGUGGGCAGUAGACUAAAUAAUUUUGGGAACCACUGGUCUAAAGCUUAACUCAGACAGUGCCUGGGGUAUGGAAGCGACGAGGGUGUUUUUGUGGAUGUCAAACGUCUGCGAGAUUUUAGAUUUGGAUUCUCUGUCACGUCAUAAUAUUAUGUCAAUGCUACCCCUCCCGUGCCGUUCCCAUUCCUCAGGCAUUGUCCAAUGAGGGCUAUCGUUUUUAUACUUGACAGUUGGCACCCCUGGCGAUUGACAGGACCUUACUCUACAGUGGCGCCAUCUUGAUGAGUGCAAAUACGAUAGUCCUCCUACCACUUUAGCGCUCACCAGUUGGCACCACUGUCUUCGCUACUCGCAAGUGACAGGACCUUACUCUACAGUGGCGCUAACUGGUGAGCGCUAAAACGAUAGCCCUCAUUAAGCACUAGACCUAGACUAGACUAGUAAGGGUUAUCGUUUUGGCACCAUGGUGGCGCCACUGUAGAGGUCAUGUCAAUCGCCAGUGUUGCCAACUGUUAGUAUAAAAUCGAUAGCUCUCAUUGUAAGAUGCUUAUUUGUAAUGAAAAUGGUAUACUUUGUUGUGCUAUUGACUGAACAUAGACUUUUAUUGGCCAUAGAUUUCGCUUCGCUCCAAAAAACUGCGCGCAAAAAGAUCUAUGAAGCACUUUUAUUCCACAGAUUAUGUAUGGCUUGUAUAUAGAUGUUUUUUACUAUUUUAUUGUAUAGUUACCGAUAUUAUACCUGUGUUGAUGUUGAUAUAAUUUUGUACAAAUGAUUUAUUAGUUAACAUGGUAUCUCAGUAAUCAUAGAUACAGUGACGUAUAUAGUUUAAUAUUAUAAUGCCUUCCGUAAAAUAAAUAUUCUUUACUUUUAAAUA